AUGCCGAAUAUAUAUCUGGAGUGGAAUACAUUUUAUGAAGACUCUACUCCAAGUAAUGAAUAUAUCAAUCAGAAGACAAAACCAAAUGACCAAAGCGGCGAUUUUUACGUUUCACUCUGCACAUUCGAGAAUACUGUUGAAUGGGGAGUGAUUCACAUAGAAAAUACAGAUGCAACUUUUAAAUUCCUUUUAGAAGUUUCAAAAUUUUAUAAAUGCAGUAAGUAUUCAAACGGCGGCUGCAUUUAUUUCGAGACCAAUGGACAUAGUGUUAUAUCCAGAAAUUGUUUUGAUUCAAAUCAUUUAUUAUUAUCAAGUGAUAUUUUUACAGGUGUUAAUUUCUACAUUAAAAUAAGCAAAGAUAAUUCAAAUUUAAACCUAUUAUUAGAUUGUUCUAUGCAAAAUUCAGGAAAUCCAUCCCAAAUUGGAGAAAGCACUCUUCGUUUAUAUUUUGGAAAUAUUACAUUUUCUAAUUCAAAUACUUCAUAUUCGAAAAUUAAAUAUAUAUCGAUUCUUGACAUUAAUAGAGGUAAUCCCAGAAACUUAAUCAAAUAUUCCAAUUUUAAUGAUAAUGUAGACAUGGAUCCAGGUAACGAUCCAGCUGCAUAUGUUGCAAAAUCAUCAGAAAUUAAUAACUGUAAUUUCUUCAAUAAUAAAGCAAAACAUUUACUCAAAUUUGCAAAUGCAGGAAGUACUGUAAAUCAUUGUUCUUUCUUUAAUAAUGCAAUAGACGGAUACUACAUUUAUAGCACAUAUACAUCAUAUCAAAUAUAUGUGAAAUACUGCUAUAUAGAUGAUCCAUUUUCAACAACAUCAAAUGUUCAAAUAAGUAACCAUAUUUUAGACAAAUUUACAAAUAAAUUUGAUAUGUCAAAUUGCUUUCAAUUCAUCGAAAGAAUAGCUGGAAUUCAAUCUCCUCCAAUACGUUUUCCAAAAACGGCAAUUGCGAAUGUCGUUUCGUUGUCUUUAAAAAGGUAA